AUGUCGUCGCCGCCGCCGCCGCCGUCUCCGUCGGGGCCUGGAGGAGCGGGACCCCCGCGCGGCCCAACCUCGAGCGUCCGGCGGCAGUGGGAGCUGCACCGCGCCGGGGCCCCUGGCGGGUUGGCCUCGAGCCCCGCGGUGGACGCGGCCCGGCGCGGCCUGAGGGCCCGCAACGCCCUCACGGCGCUCGGCAUCGGCGCGGUGGUCGUAGGAAUUUGUAUCCCUCUCUGGACGGAAGGGGAGCGGGAGGGUGGGCGGCCUUGCGAGUCGGGCGGGGCGGGGGGGGGAAAGCAACUCUGCACAUGCUCAGGUGCGCUCUUUUCAUCCCGCCUGUCUGGAUACGGGUUCCUGUGGAGAGAGAGAAAAGGCGAGUCGCUCGCCUGGCGCCUUCAUUGCAUCUUUUAAAUGAAGUCUGUGAAAGGGGGUGUUUAUUGCCAGUCCCCUUUUUAUGGGGACCCCUAAACAUUUUGUGAAUCUUUGUGUUGGGUUAUUUGUGGGGCAUAGGAAUUUGUUCUUUUUUUCAAAAUAUAGUCCGGCCCCCCACAAGGUCUGAGGGACCUGCUGAAAAAAAUUGCUGACCCCUGGCUUGGAGCAUCCCAGCCAAACCUGAAGGAGAAGUUGUUGUUAGUUUGCGUGGGUUCUGCAUUGAGCCUUGGGCGAUGAUAGGGGGUGUAAGGUAAAGGUAAAGGGACCCCUGACCAUUAGGGCCAGUUGUGGCCGACUCUGGGGUUGCGGGGCUCAUCUCGCUUUACUGGCCGAGGGAGCCGGCGUACAGCUUCCGGGUCAUGUGGCCAGCAGGACUAAGCCGCUUCUGGCGAACCAGAGCAGCGCACGGAAACACCGUUUACCUUCCCGCCGGAGCGGUACCUAUUUAUCUACUUGCACUUUGAUGUGCUUUCGAAAUGCUAGCUUGGCAGGAGCAGGGACCGAGCAACGGGAGCUCACCCCAUCGUGGGGAUUCGAACAGCCGACCUUCUGAUCGGCAGGUCCUAGGCUCUGUGGUUUAACCCACAGCACCACCCACGUCCCUGAUAGGGGGUGUAUCAGUUUGCUUUAUAGAAUCAUAAAAAUGAAAAGUUGGAGUGGGACCCCCCCCAAGGGUCAUUUAGUCAAAGCCCCUGCGAUGCAGGAAUCUCAACAAGCCACCCCCUAUCCAAUUUGGAACCAUACGGGACCCUGCUUAGCUAUGCAAAUGUCCUAAAAAGGCUUUUUAGACAAAAAACACACAAGUUACUCUCUUUAUGUAUUGAAUUUGUAUACCGCCCUUCAUCCGAAGAGGUCGGGGUGAUUCAUGGCAUAAAAAUACAAAAUAAAAUCAAGGAAGAGUUCCUUCUGACUCUAAAAUUCUGUGAUUCUAUAAAACAAACCAGUACACCCAGGGUUCAAUGCAGAACUCACACAAAUCAUCAUCAUACCGUUGAAGAAAGUGCAGGGAGGAGAAGGGAGAACACAGGGCAUGGUGGAGACAUUUGGCCCUGCUUUCCCCCUCUCGGGUCCAGGUGAGGGUCUUUCCUCGAAAUCUGGGUGGCUCUCCAUUUGGGGCAGAGAAGGGUUGAGAUCUGAGGGGGCUGCGUUUGGGCUGAAAGAUUCAUUUGGAAGGCAGGACAAUUUGGCCCCAGAGAACCCUCUGAUGUGGGGUGUGCAUGUGUGCAGCUUGACUUCUGACACCAAUUUCCAACCUGGUGCAAACCUCCACAAUUGCUUCCGAUGCAGAAGAGACUGAGCACUUUGGAAAGGCCAUGCCUCCUCCUAGUAGGCCAAUUCCCACCUCCCCCAAGCAAGGUGUAGGUUGCUUGUUUUCCUUCUGGCAGGUUGAGAGUAGUUCCCUACCAGGACAGACUUUGCUCGCGUGCUCAAGACAUCAAUUCCAUAAAACAUAUUUUGUUGCACUGUGCAAAAUAUGAGCAAGCCAGGGCUGAACUGAUAUUACCCUUGCUGGUACCUUUCCCGGGAAAAUCAGAGGCUCACUAUGUCAGGUUCCUAUUGGAAGACUGGACAAACGCUAGAACAUUAGCAGUGGCAAAGUUUUUAUUGGUGGUUGCAAGAACCAAUGAUCCCUAUCUUUUGAACAAAAUGCUUGUUUAACCUGGAGGUAGGCUGUAUGAAUUGUGCAUUGCUUUGUAAUGAUUUGUUGGGUCUCUGGACCAUAAUAAAGAUUGAUUUGAUGCUUUCCUUCAGCCUCCCUUCCAGCCAAGGCUGCCUUAUGCACCAGCAACCUUCUUGGUAGCAGAAGCAGAUUUUGCUGCAUACUGCAAAACUCCUCUCUUCCUCAAUAUCUUGGGGGACACCCCCUCCCAAACCCAUUUUCCCUGCCAGCAUUGUUUGCAUAAAGGAGACUAGUUUUAGUGCUAGUGGAAGUGACUCACUCCAACCAUUUUGGAUCUGUUCUUUCCUCAUUGAGACCAGCGCCGCCCUGUGCUGUGAAAGCACGUCUUCUGACUUGUAAGGUUUGGCUCAGUUGAAGGGCAAAUGCCCUUUCUCUUUCCUCGCCCUUGGUAUCGGGUUCAGGGCUGGAAGGGAGCUGGGUGUCCCAAGAGCAGGGUGGCAGUGUGCAGCGACUUACCUGGCUGUCACAAACAGUAUUUCAUAGAAUCAUAGAGUUGGAAGAGACCACAAGGGCCAUCGAGUCCAACCCCCUGCCAAGCAGGAAACACCAUCAGAGCACUCCUGACAUAUGGUUGUCAAGCCUCUGCUUAAAGACCUCCAAAGAAGGAGACUCCACCACACUCCUUGGCAGCAAAUUCCACUGUCGAACAGCUCUUACUGUCAGGAAGUUCUUCCUAAUGUUUAGGUGGAAUCUUCUUGUAGUUUGAAUCCAUUGCUCCAUGUCCGCUUCUCUGGAGCAGCAGAAAACAACCUUUCUCCCUCCUCUGUGUGACAUCCUUUUAUAUAUUUGAACAUGGCUAUCAUAUCACCCCUUAACCUCCUCUUCUCCAGGCUAAACAUGCCCAGCUCCCUUAGCCGUUCCUCAUAAGGCAUCGUUUCCAGGCCUUUGACCAUUUUGGUUGCUCCUCCUCUGGACACGUUCCAGUUUGUCAGUGUCCUUCUUGAACUGUGGUGCCCAGAACUGGACACAGUACUCCAGGUGAGGUCUGACCAGAGCAGAAUUCAGUGGCACUAUUACUUCCCUUGAUCUAGAUGCUAUACUCCUAUUGAUGCAGCCCAGAAUUGCAUUGGCUUUUUUAGCUGCCGCGUCACACUGUUGGCUCAUGUCAAGUUUGUGGUCAACCAAUUUGUAAAUUGUUUUCCUGAGCUGUCUGCGCACAGAUGCCUACACCAUUCAUUCCAUCUCCCAAGAACGCUUCUUGGAUGAGCUAGAACGGGAUGCCGAAGUCAUGCAGGCCCGAAGAGCAAAGGCUUCAGCGGAAUGA